GCUGUCGUCUGCUAAAAAACAAUACAGAAUUUAUUUCUCUGAGUUGGCAGCUUAGUGCUUUAGACGUAAUUGUGUGUUGUUAAUUUGAUUAGGUUAUUUAACGUACGGAAUAUGUUGUGGCGAAUAUUUGCAUCCAUUACAUUCGGAAAGCUACUCUUCAUACCGUCUUACCGAUCGACUGAUUUUGAAGUCCAUCGUAACUGGUUGGCCGUAACACACAGCCUGCCGCUAAACAAAUGGUAUGUCGAUGAUACUUCUCAAUGGACGCUAGAUUACCCUCCAUUGUUUGCUUGGUUUGAGUACCUUCUUUCUUGGGUGGCCUGUUUGUUUGAUCCUGAAAUGCUGAAAGUGGAAAAUCUUAACUAUGCUUCACAGAACACAGUUCUAUUUCAAAGAAUCUCUGUGAUUUUCACUGAUGUUGUCUAUGCAUUGGGAGUACAAAAAUGUUUGUACUCGAUUGGCAGCACUCAGGGAGGAAAGUUACAGAAUAAUUCUGGAAAAUGGUUUAGCUCUCCAACCAUUUUGGCCUUUUUACUUUUGUGUAAUGUUGGGCUGUUUAUAGUGGAUCAUAUUCAUUUUCAGUACAAUGGGUUUCUGACUGGCAUUCUGCUUCUUUCAGUUGGCUCUAUCCUUCAGAAAGAAAACCUGAAGGCAGCAUUUUGGUUCUCUGUGCUUCUCAAUUUAAAGCAUAUAUACCUUUACAUUGCUCCAGUUUAUUUUGUGUACCUCUUUCGAAGCUACUGCAUUGAAAUUCAGAAAUCAAGAUUGACAUUUCACUUUAAGAGACUAAUCAAAUUGGGGAUAAUAGUUGUUACCACAUUUGGUGUGGCAUAUGGUCCAUUUGUUGGCCAAUUUCAGCAGGUCAUGUCCAGGUUGUUUCCAUUUGAAAAUCGCGGGCUGUGCCAUGCAUACUGGGCGCCUAAUUUCUGGGCAAUUUACAAUAUUGUGGAUAAGAUCUUAGCUCUUUCUGCGCGCUUAUUUGGUUGGACCGCUGUUUCAACUACGACUGCUUCAAUGACUGGAGGCCUAGUCCAGGAAUUUGAGCACGCGAUACUUCCAUCUGUGGGACCGAAAACUACUUUGAUUUGCACGUUACUGGCUCUAAUACCGGCGAUUGUCAUUCUACUCCGGCAACCUAACCAACCACGCGUGUUUGUCCGAGCUAUUGUUUUGUGUGCCUUUGCGUCGUUUCUCUUCGGAUGGCACGUCCACGAGAAAGCCAUCCUCAUAGUCAUCACUCCGUUGACGUUGCUAGCUGUUUCAUCUCACGAAGAUUGCCGACUCUUCCUUUUGUUAAGCAUGACGGGUCACGUAUCUCUUUUCCCCUUGUUAUUCACGCCGUUCGAGAACGUUUCCAAGAUAUUUCUGGUCCUUACCUAUUCCCUCGCUAGCUAUUCGUUCUUGUCCGCGCUCCAUUAUGACCCCAAAUCUAAAAGCACAUUGGUGAAAUUCCGAUCUUGGGAGCGCCUCUUCCUUUAUGGACUGGUUGCCGUUGCAUUGUUCGAAAGCUUCAUUCACUCCAUGGUCGAUCCAUCCGGUAAACUGCCGUUUUUACCUUUGUUGAUCAUGUCGGUCUAUUGCGCCGUUGGAGUUAUUUACGUUUGGCUUCUUUUUGUCAUCGCCUCUCUGAAAACAGAGAAAAAGAUCUCAAAGCAGAAGUAAGCAUGCCUGUUGCCACCCAUGUUAAAUAAAUGUAAUAAACUUCA